AUGGUGAUAGGUCUGGCCAGCAAUCAAGAGCUUGAAGGGACUGGGGAGCGCAGCGAAGAGGUUCGAGGCGCUCUCGCGAAGGAGCCAAGAAUGAAAGAUCCACCUCCUGACUAUCGGCCUCCUCGAGGCUCUUGGAUGACUCCCGUUACUCCUGCCGUCCGGGGAACGGGGCUUAGGGAUCUACUCUCCAGUUUUUCUGGUUCCCAAGACGUCAGGAGAUCUCUGGAUGAUUAUCGAUCUGAGGUUAUUUGCAGGAAUAUUCUGGACCUUUCCAUCAACCCCAGACCUUCUUCACUAAGGACCAAUAUUUCAUCCCAAGAGACAUAUGUGAGGGGCGAUGAGCAGAGCAUAGAGGACAUUCCUACAGAUAACCGCCCAGAGCAAUUUUCAUGUUCAGAAUGCAGUAAAUGUUUUAACCAGAAAUCAGAUCUUAAUGUACAUCAGAGAAUUCACACAGGAGAGAAGGCAUUUUCGUGUUCAGAAUGUGGGGAAUGUUUUAGGCAUAAAUCAGCUUUGGUUGUACAUCAGGGAAUUCACACAGGGGUGAAUCCAUUUUCAUGUUCAGAAUGUGGGAAAUGUUUCAAGCAUAAAUCAGCUCUUCUUAGACAUGAGAGAAUUCACACCGGGGACAAACCAUUUUCAUGUUCAGAAUGUGGGAAAUGUUAUAGCCAGAGAUCAGAUCUUAUUGUACAUCAGAAAAUUCACACAGGGGAGAAGCCAUUUUCAUGUUUAGAAUGUGGGAAAUGUUUUAACUAUAAAUCGGCUUUUGUUACACAUCAGAGAAUUCACACCGGGGACAAGCCAUUUUCAUGUUUAGAAUGUAAGAAAUGUUUUUAUCAGAUAUCACAUCUUGUUAUCCAUCAGAGAAUUCACACUGGAGAGAAGCCAUUUUCCUGCUCAGACUGUGGGAAAUGUUUUAUCCAGAAAUCAGAUCUAAUUGUACAUCAGAGAACUCACACAGGAGAGAAGGCAUUUUCAUGUUCAGAAUGCGGGAAAUGUUUUAAGCAUAAAUCAUCUCUGGUUGUACAUCAGGGAAUUCACACAGGAGUAUAUGCAUUUUCAUGUUCAGAAUGCGGGAAAUGUUUUAACCAGAAAUCGGCUUUUGUUACACAUCAGAGAAUUCACACAGGGGAAAUGCCAUAUUUAUGUUCAGAAUGUGGGAAAUGUUUUAAGAAGAAAUCAGCUCUGGUUGUACAUCAGAGAAUUCACACAGGGGAGAAGCCAUUUUUAUGUUCAGAAUGUGGAAAAUGUUUUAACCAGAAAUCGGCUUUUGUUACACAUCAGAGAAUUCACACCGGGGAAAAGCCAUAUUUAUGUUCAGAAUGUGGGAAAUGUUUUAAGAAGAAAUCAGCUCUGGUUGUACAUCAAAGAAUUCACACAAGAGAGAAGCAAUUUUUAUGUUCAGAAUGUGGGAAAUGUUUUAGGAAGACAUCAGCCCUGGUUAAACAUAAAAAAACUCACAAAGAAGAGAAGACAUCUUCAUGCUUAGCUUGUUAGUGACUGCAAUUACGUGUUUUAAUGGUGGUCACUAACUGGCUUUAUUCCAAAACAUACUCCUUUUUACAGGGAGGUAAAAUAUCACCUACCAGGGCUAGCUAAGGGUUUGGAGCAAUGAUCAGGGCCACUGUAAAGGUCCCCAAACAUACAUGGUCUACUGUAUUAAAUGAAUACCGAUCAACUGACAGAUCCAUUUAAAAGUAAAAGUAAGUUUUCUUAGAUACAUACAUUUUCUCUAAAGAAAAAUGUUUGGUGAGAAGAAAUAAAAAAAUAAAAAUAAAAUAAAUAAAGUUUCUUAAAGGCACCACCCUGCCUGUGAUUGGUAUGGGGGGCCCCUCCAUUCCUAUAAAACUGUAAAUACAAGGGCCUUUGGGAAAGUCCAAAUAAAAAGAGCUGGAUUCCCACAAGAGCUGGUGUCCAGACAUGUGGAAAAAUGGGCGACAAUCACACUUGUAAAUGGCCAGUUACUUGCAGUCAAGUGGAAUGACAGAAAGGAUGUCUGCAGGCUAAACACUGAGCAUGAGGACAGCACAGGGGUAGUAAUAGAGAGAGGUGCCACCACUGGUAACAGUAAGCCUGUCUGAGUGAC